UAUCUGCGCGUAGACGACUGUGUACUUAACAAACAACAUAAAUCUCUGAUAGUGAUAACCUUCACUUAUGCGACUAGUUUCAUUUCAUAUAAUCUUAAUUUACUAGUAACUUGUGAUUUAAAAAUUUAAAUAAGGAGACAUGGGAAGCAUUACAGAAGGCCAAAUAUCUGAGAUACUAAAAAAAAUUAACAUUGAUAAUGAUUACGUGAUAGAAUCUCAUAAUAUUCAAAUAUUUUCCGAAAAAAUAGGUUUACUUGGUGACCACUAUACACUUACGUUAAUCUUGAGACAUGUCAAAACCAAUGAGCAAGUCAAGAAAUCAUACUUCGUCAAAUGCUUCCCGAGUAUCGAAGAUUCUGCUACAUUUGCAGAAGGCAUAGGUGCUUUCAAGAAGGAAAUUUUCGUGUACGAUUUGUAUGAAAAGUUUAAGGAGCACGCCGAGAAUCUGGUUACUAGUUGUAUACCAACGUUAUACACAUACAGUCAUGACCAGUACAUCGUACUUGAAAAUUUAUCUUCUAACGAUUACCGCACCAUCGACAAAAUGAGAUUCCUUGAAUACGAAGAGGUAUUAGUUAUUGUUCAACAAUUAGCCAAGUUACACGCCUCCAGUAUAAUUUACGAAGAACAAAAGUCCAAGGAGCUCGAAAGACAAUAUUCACUAAUUGAGGAAUAUAAAAAUGAAUUGGACGAGUCUUUCUUCAACGACAGGGAAGGAUUUCCAAAUCAAUGUGGAGUAGACGCAAGCGUUAAAGGUGUGCUGAGUGAAAUUGAUCUGUUCGACUUUCCUGAAACUUUGGCUUCUGGAAAGAAGUUCAAGGAAGUUGCGAAGCCUGUUCUGUAUAAAAUCUAUGACCUGGUGAAGCCCUCGAAGAAAUGGAAGAACGUGCUCUCGCACGGCGAUUUGUGGGCGACAAAUUUUCUUAUUAAAUAUGACAGCGACAAGAAGCCGGUAGAUUGUAAGUUUGUUGAUUUUCAAUGUGGAAGGUACGUGCCUCCUGCUCAGGACGUGAUUUCUAUGAUUUAUUUAACCACGUCCAGAAUUUUUCGGCAGUCUUACAUGUAUCCGUUGUUGGGCAUAUAUUACAAUUAUUUAGAGAAAUAUCUUAAAGCUUUUAAUAUUUCAAUUCAAAAUAUUAUUCCCUUUAACGAUUUCCUUGAAAGCUGCGAAGAACAGAAGGUUUUUGCCAUUGUACAGGCUGCCAUAUAUUUUCCGUUAAUUCUAAUUAGUAAUGACUUUGUUGAAAAGUACCUGAGAGAUGGAGAUCUACACAAAAAAGCACUAUUUGAAGAUAGAACUCAUUUAAUUUUGACACACAAAGAUAAAGAUUCUAUCUAUACAAAAAGAUUGAGGGAUUCUGUACAUGAUUUAAAAUCUAUUUGUGAAUAUUUGUAAAUUGAUAAAAAAAUAAAAAAUUGAAGCAUUA